AUGCAUGACCUUCAGAAUACAUUCUCCCUGUGCUUUCGAGGCCAGAAUCCCCAAUACCUGCAGCAAGACACAAUGGAAUCCUCAAAAACUACAGCUGAUAUUGCUAUUGUUGGCGCAGGAAUUGUGGGGUCCGCGCUGGCUUAUUUCUUAUCGCAGACCGAUAAAAAAGUGGUUCUCAUCGAUCGCUCAUUUUCAGAGUUGAAAGGCUCGACGGGUCAUGCCCCCGGCUUCGUUGGUCAAUUCAAUGAAUCCGAGGUUCUCACACGCCUUGCAAUUGAAACUGUGGGAGAAUACACGAAGGUACCCGGCGGAUUUGAUGUUGUUGGAGGUCUUGAGAUUGCUACCAGCUGUGAAGGUGUCGCCCGAUUAAGAUCGAGAUGUGAGAUGGCCAAGAGAGCUGGACUCUCCGCCGAAUUAAUAUCCUCCGGGCAGGCAACUAGCUUGGCCCCAGAACUGGUCAAUGACGACAACCAAAUAGCCUUGUACUUUCCUGGUGAUGGUGCUGCGAACGCUAUCAGAAUAACUACGUUUUAUCACGAAAACGCACGGGCUCGGGGCGUCGAACUCAUCGAAGCAGAAGUUACCGAAGUCCAACAGGCCAAUGGCUGCGUGAAUGGUGUGAUGACCACAUCGGGGCUCAUCCCGGCCAAGAAGGUCAUUAUCGCCACGGGAAUUUGGGCAACUAACCUUUGCAAGUUCGACAUUCCAAUCCCGAUCGUACCUGUCGCGCAUCCAUAUAUGUACGGCGAGCAUCACGCCCCAAAAUUACGCAAGGCGCCUUGGGUCAGAUGGCCACAGCAUCAUGUAUAUGCUCGUGAUCAUGGUACUUUCUUCGGCUUGGGCUCUUAUGAUCAUGCCCCGGUUUUCAAUGAACCGAGGGAUACUGCUAUCGGUGACUGGAUUGGACAAUUCGAUGAAACAUUAAGCCAAGCCAUGCGUUUCAUACCCGAGGAGACGCAGCUCGUUCCGAGAGAACGAUUCAACGAGCAUCUUCACAACUAUCGAGGACCUCCUUCAAGAUCAUGUCUUCGGAUGAAGUGA